AUGACAAAAAGUCAUCCUGGUUAUUUUGAUACAGUAAAUGUCUACUAUUCAUGCGUAAUUUGCCACUCACAACUUGUCAGUCACCAAGAUGUGAUAUCAAAGGCAUUCCAAGGCAGAUACGGGGCUGCAUAUUUAGUAGAGAACAUGAUUAAUAUAAUGACUGGUAAAGAUGAAGAUCGACAACUGAUGACUGGCAUCCACACAGUUGCAGAUAUCUCGUGCCGAAUAUGCCAAACAAAGAUUGGAUGGAAGUACAUUAAGACUCCAAAGGAGUCUGAAAGAUACAAAUUAGGAAAAUGUGUGAUAGAAAAGACAAGAGUAAUAAAAGAAAGUUUAUUUUUAUAG